AUGAAUUCCCAGCGUCGGUCAUUCGCGAGUAUCUGGUACUUCCCCGAUGUUGUAUGGAGCUUGGUGAAGCAACGUGAAGCAUUGUUCCUCGCAUCCGGAAUAUUGGAACCACUUCCUGGGCCCCUCCCUUCAUACCGGAUUUGGAUAUAGAUCUGCUUUUCGACAAAUGUGGAUGCGUCUGUCUUCGUGUAGUACUUAUGAUCGCUUUUCAUCAGAACUUGAAUCGAUCAUGAUCAUAUGCAUGA